CUCAACUUUCAUUUCCCAUCACACAAGCCAAUUCACUCAUUAAUUUCAUUCCAUUCAUCUUCAGCCAAAAUGGCUUCCCUAAGCCUAAUAACAAGAAGUGCCCUUAUGAUGAUCGUAGCUACAGCCAUGAUUCUUGGUCGAUCCGUGCCUGGAAUAAUGGCUCAAAACUGUGGCUGCGCCGCCAACGAGUGCUGCAGCCAAUUCGGCUUCUGUGGAACCACUAGCGACUACUGCGGCAGCGGCUGCCAAGAGGGUCCAUGCAACACGCCGCCGCUUACGCCGAGCACUCAUAAUGUUACGGUGGCUGAGAUAGUCACUCCCGAAUUCUUCAACGGCAUACUGGACCAGGCCGAUGCAGGUUGCGCCGGCAAGAGCUUCUACUCCCGCAGCGUUUUUCUGGAAGCUCUCAAUUCGUUUUCUGGAUUCGGUCGGAUUGGCUCGAUCGAUGACUCUAAGCGUGAAAUUGCAGCCUUUUUUGGUCACGUUACUCACGAAACUGGACAUUUUUGCUUCAUAGAAGAGAUAGAUGGGCCAUCGAAGGACUAUUGUGACGAGAACAACACUCAGUAUCCAUGCAACCCUAACAAAGGUUACUACGGCCGUGGCCCCAUCCAACUAUCGUGGAACUUCAACUACGGACCAGCCGGAGAAAGCAUCGGUUUCGAUGGGCUCAACGCUCCCGAGACAGUGGCCACGGACGCCGUUGUGUCGUUCAAGACGGCGUUGUGGUACUGGAUGAACAGUGUUCGGCCAGUCAUCGGAGAAGGCUUUGGAGCAACCAUUCGAGCCAUUAAUGGAGCACUCGAGUGUGACGGUGGAAACGCUGCUACGGUUCAGGCUCGUGUGGAGUAUUAUACUGAUUACUGCAAUCAACUUGGUGUUGAUCCUGGUCAAAAUCUCACCUGUUAAUUAUGUACCCAUGUAAUAAUAUGGCUUAUUAACUAGGAUAUCAUAGAAAUUUAGUUGAUCACUCAAAUAAUAAAUUGUCACACGUUGAUUAAACUUUGUUUUCAGUAAUUUAAAUUAUUCAGAAUUUUAUAAAAA